AUGCUGAGUACAAAAAUUUUGCUACCAAAUCUGCAGAGAUUAAAAAAGUUGGAAACAUUUGCCGGUCCAUCCGAUGUGGGUGUACCUAUUCAUGCGGUGCAGUUUUCGCUGUACAAAAUGGAUGAAGCGGUGCUGGAGAGAUGCUUGUACAACAUUUACCCGCAUGGCGAGGUGUUUCUGCCAACGGAUGAUCCACACGGUAUCAUUUCAUCCACAAUCGUGCGCUCUACGUCCAAGUGGUAG